ACGGUGAGCGGCUAGUGAGAACGGACAUGCCGUUCGCGUAACAAGUGAAUGUCGCUGGCAAUAUACGGUGUGCCGAUUCGAUGGUACCAGUUUGAAGCGAGCGGCGGUUCGAAACUUCAGAUUUCUCGUUUCACGCGACUCUCUUGAUUGUUUCGUGCGGGUGUCGCGUCGAAGUCGUUCUGUCGCGCGCGGCCCGGUAAAACGAUAACUGCGCGUACGUUUCGAUUUCUGCGUCGUGUUCUGUCACAUCGACGCGGUUUCGCACGUGGCAAGCGUUAAAAGAGAAAAAAAUUCGCGCACGCAAAGUUGGCGAAGUGAAAAAAAAAAAAGACGUGAAGACUUUUCGUUCUUUCGCUUUUUCCAAGAACUCGUCGCGGAGCGAGACAGACAACCGCUAUUUCUUCGCGCGGCAGCGCCUUCUCGCCUCUCCUCGAUUCUCUCCUAUCUCUCUUCUUCUUUUGCUCUUUAAUCCCAUAUCACUCCAGACUAGCCGUUUCUCCCUCUGUCCACUGCUCUCUGUGUCUCCCUUUCUCUCCUGAUCUCGCCACCCGCGCCUUUGUCCGUCCUCGUCCCUCGCUCCGUCCUUCUCUCCGUUUUUCUUCAUCCGCUGCCUGUGUGUGUCGUCGCAAGCGUGGUCGCGCGCUGCUUGACGCUUUUUCGUUUGUGAUAUAAACGCAACAAGGGAUUUUUGUACACGCUCGUGUGUGUCUGUGUGAGUGGUGAAACCUUUUUCCUUUCGAAGAGGAAACGAGACGGAAAGGAAGUCCUUGUCGAUUUUAAAUAUCGUUCGACGCAGCUAUGGCGCGGCGCGAGAAGGAACGACGGUGCUUCUUUAACGGUGCGAACGAUCAGCGAAGGCCGACGCGAACCGCGCUUCUGCUCUUCAUCCUGUGCAUAUUCCUGGUUGAAUCUCCGGCGGUCGCCGAGCGCGACAAUUCCUUUUACAAUUACGUCACGUUGGAAGAAAAAUCGUCGCUCGAUCAUCAGUCGUUCGACGUGAGAUUGAUCUACGGCCAGGAUGUAACGAGAAAUCGGCGAGCGGCGUCCGACCAAACGGUGGUGACAAACGAGCAGAAGAACGAGUCCGAACAUAUGUUGAUGCAGCCUCAGCAACAGCAGCAGCAGCAGCAAAAAGUAUCAGUGGCGACGUCGAACACGACUAACGUGUCCAGUUUGUCGAAUUCCACAGCUUAUUCGACCAGCGAAGUUCUACUCACUUCUACUGUCCAUCCGCUCGAGACCGACACCGCUCCUUCUGUCACGAAACCGGAGUUGAAGAAAAAAGCUUCGUCUGGAAGUUCCGCCCAGAAGCCACCGGAUACGUCGACGCAGCCAACGUUCGUCAAGCCCCCCCUCAUAACCGGUGAGAUGUCGACGGUGUCCGUCUUGGCGAAUCAAACAUUGUAUAACAUCACCGGCAAGGAGCACGGUACAAACAAGCAGGUCAAUAGCGAGGAGCAAAAUAAACAGGCAACGAACGUCGGUACCAACCAAACAAAGGUGACGGAUACGAAGGAAACGGAUGAGACAAGCGGCGGUAUCGCUGCGGAUACUGAAAAGAUCGACGACAUCGGCGACAUCUCCAUUAGCAAGUUCUCUGAAAAGUUCUCUGUAUCUAACACGACGCUCACGCAGAACAAUAUUACCAAAAUGGUCAACGACACGCAUCAGUAUUACAACAGCACUUUCAUGAUCGACGCCGACAUCUGCAAGAAGUACUGGGUCGACAUGGAUAACCACCCGGAUCUCAGGGUCAACAAUUUGCUCAGCCAGAGUCAUCGACGCGCCGCAACUGUCAAGCUGAAGUUCGAUUUCCCGUUCUACGGGCACAAGGUGCGAAAUAUCACCAUCGCCACAGGCGGUUUCUUGUACACCGGCGAAUAUGUGCACAGUUGGCUGGCGGCUACUCAAUACAUCGCGCCGCUCAUGGCGAAUUUCGAUACUCGUCUGUCGAACGCCAGUUACGUGAAAUACGCUGACAACGGCACGGCGUUUACGGUCGAGUGGGAGAAGGUGGUGCUGCAAGACAAACCAGACGCCGGCGCGUUCACUUUCCAGGUGACCUUGCAUCAGAACGGUGACAUCGUGUUCGUCUACUCGAUGAUACCGCUAAUGGUUGACAGUAUCGAGGAUAAGCUGCAUCCCGUCAAGGUCGGCCUCAGCGACGCCUACAUCUUGGACAGAACCGUGUUCUUCGUGCGCCGGAAAACUAUUUACGAAUAUCACCGCGUCCACUUCAACCAGGAGGACAUCAAGAACUGCACAGUCAUCUACCUGAAGGCACUGCCCACAUGUCUCAAUAUGAACAACUGCCGGGACUGUCUGAUGAAAGUGCCGGACUUCGACUGCAAGUGGUGCCCGGCGCUAAAUCAGUGCAGCACCGGCACGUCCCGACAGCGUCAAGACUGGGUCAUGAAGCGUUGCGACGCGCAGAAUAUCAAGGAGCCGGACAACUGUCCGGUCGAGAUCACGACGUUCAACAAGGACGAGGAGUACGAUCACCACGAUCACCUGCAUUCCCCGGAGAAGGCAAUCUCGGCAAACGAGAUGAGCGCGAAACAAGAGGAGAGACCAGGCACCAGUCCCUUGGAGAGCACCACUCCAAAUAACAUGGGCAUGAGCGUCUCAGGGAUAAUCGGCAUUCUCACUGUCAUCGCUCUGGUGGUGGGUCUCGCGGGCUGGGGUGCCUACGCUUAUCGCAAUCCCCACAGCGCAUCAGGACAGAUGCUGAUUAAAUAUCGUCCGAGUCAAUGGAGCUGGCGAAGAGGCGAGGCCCGCUACACUGCCGCGACCAUUCACAUGUGAUGAGACGUUGUCGACGGGAGAUAUCAAGUCACACACAAAGUCAAUCGGACCAAACUUCCUAACUGUACAGCGCGUGCCGAGUCCGCGAAUGAAACGCGUCGCCGAAACGUUCGCUCGCGGCAGCGCGUCGGAUUUCCUCACAAUAAAAAAAAACAACAAAUUAAUAAAAUACGGACAAUUGCAUAUCUCAACGGAACGGACGCGAAAUUCGAUUGAUCAAAGCGGGAAAUGGAGAUACCACUUUGCCUUUUUUACCAUAUCGUGAUAUUUCUGAUGAUUUUUGACUACAAGCUGCGUUUUCUCUUUUUUCAGGACACACUAUAAUUACCAAAACAUUUAUUUCAACAAGUUUUAAUUAAACGUUCUUAUAUAUAUUCGACGUUAUAAUUAUUUUCACUUGCUUGAACAAGUUUACAAAGCUUCGAAUGAUCGCGAACUGUUCGGUGUGACGUGAAUUCGCGACUAUACGAACGCCGUAAAACAGUCGUAUUCCGUGUGAUUAUAUCAAACGGAACGUGACUUUUCGUGUUAUCGCGAAACGCGAUUGUUUGCGUUUUCUUCUGAACCACGAGUCGCUGAUAUCUAAGAUCCAAAAUUAUCGCGGAAGGAACUGUCUCGCUGCUUUUUCUCAGAUCGGACGAAGAAAAUAACAUUCGACGGACACGAGCUCGUUCGCUCGUCCGUCAAAAGCAACCUUAAUGUGAUUUCUAGCGGCAUACGGUAUAUAUCCCUUGUUAUUGUUUUUUAAGAAUUCGUUCGUUUAAUCGUUAAGAGCAAAUCGCAUAUACUUGUUUCACACGCAUAAUAUAAACGUUCACACGAUGGGAAACGGAGGUAAGAAAGAAUUUUUUAACAAAAGCGAAAUCGAACGUUCAAGUUCCGAUCUGGCGUGUGUAAAGAGCCACAGUUUUGUUAAGUUUCUCAAGCAAUAAUGCGAUCACGCACCGACGUGAGAAAAAAAUAUUCGAAAUUAAUUCGUAAUUUAAACUUGUUAAAAGUGUUGUUCAUUGCAGAUGUUUAUUUACAUUACCGCAGCGUUAUUUACAUUCCAAAGCGCAUCAUCUCGGGAUUCGACUGUGAAAACUUGAACAAACUGUGGUUUUAUCGUUCUAAUAUCAGACGCGACGUACAUACAAAUAAAACUAUGUACACUAUAUAAUAAAUAAUUACAUAAGCACGGGAAAAAAUUUGUUGCUCUUAUAUGGGCAGCAAGAAAAAUUUUUGAAUCUACUCUAAUUGUUUUUAUUUUGUUACGUCAUCAAAAACGUUUGUUGUCAAAAACGUUUGUUGUCAAGAACGUUUUUGUUAACAAAACAAAUAUCUCAAUCAAAUAUCUCAGCAAAUUUUUUUUCUGGCCGUGUAACUAAGUUUUU